AUGUCAGCUAGAAACACUAUAUUCAGUUUCAACCGUGUUUUCAUGUCAAGAUUCAAAUCAUCAUACACAAUGACCAAAGAAGGUUCAUCUCAUUUCACCGUUCAAGACCUGCCAAAUGGGGGUCCUUUUAUAGCUGGAUCUGGAGCUGGUGGUAAUGAUGAUUGGAAAAAGUAUAAAAAGGUUUCAAUUGACCCUACUUCUUCCGAAAGAGAUCCUAGAGAUGAUUACCGGACUUUAGUUAGUGCCAUUGUUCCCAGACCUAUAGCAUUGAUUCUGACCUUAAGUAAAGAUGGUAGUCUAUCUAAUUUGGCUCCAUUUUCAUAUUUUGGUUUGAGCAAUGCUGACCCUCCUAUCUUCACAGUGGGGAUAACAUCUGCUACUCUGAACAAAGACACCGCUCGCAAUUUACUUGAAACGGAAGAAUGCACUAUUAAUAUCAUCAGUGAAUGGUUUGUUGAGGCUGCUAAUGCUACUUGUGUUAAUAGUCCUUAUGGUGUUUCUGAAUGGGAGAUUACUGGGUUAACGAAAGCUGAUUCGGAAGUUGUUAAACCUCCCCAUGUUUUAGAGUCUGCAUUCUCAAUAGAAGCUAAAGUAGUAGCAGUACACGAAUGGAAAUCAAGAAGAAAUCCAGACAAGGUAACUGGUCGUACAUUUAUAUUUGAAGGGGUCAGAUUCCAUGCUCGUGAAGAUGUUAUUAAUGAGCAAUUGAAUGGAUUGGAUGUUGGGAAACUUAAACCUGUUUCCAGAUUAGGUGGAAAUACGUAUGGAAAAACUACUGAGGGGUUUGACAUUUCUCGUCCAGAAUACAAAGAUCUUUGCAAAGACCUGGAAACGAAUUGA